AUGCUUCGUUUUCGCGUCAUUCCGAGGUUGGCGAUGCUUUCGGGCUUCCGGAUGGCGACGAUCACCCCGCUUCCGAUGCCCGCGCUCUCCCCGACGAUGGAAAAAGGCAAGAUCGUCGAGUGGUGCAAGCAGGUCGGCGAUCCCGUCAAGAUGGGGGAUACGCUGUGCAAGGUCGAAACCGAUAAGGCCGUGGUGACCUACGACAGCACCGCCGACGACGGCUUCAUCGCGCGGGUGAUGGCCGAUCCGGGGAAGGAGGUCGCCGUCGGCGAGACCGUCUGCCUGCUCGUCGAGGAGAAGGCCGAUCUCGACUCCGACGAGGUGAAGCAGUGGAAACCGGAGGCGAACGGAGACGGGGACGAGGCCAGCGUCGCGGCGUCGACCCCGGCGCCCGUGGCGGCCGCGCCGACGAUGACACCGGCAUCCCCUUCCGGAUCCCCGGCGGGGGAUCGGAUUAAAGCCUCCCCGUACGCGAAGAAACUCGCCGCGGCGGCGGACCUUCCCUUGGCGGGCCUUCAAGGCACCGGCGGUGGGGUGAAUCGGAUCACCGCGAAGGACGUCGAGGCGGCGCUCGCGCAGAAAGCGGCGGCGGCGGUCUCCACGCCUCCUCCUCCCGCUCGCGCGGCGCCGACGGAAGCGGGCAAACCCGCCAAGCCGAAGGCCGAACCCGCGGCGAACGCGCACUUCACCGACCUCCCCGUUUCCAACAUGCGCGGAAUCAUCGCGAAGCGGUUGCAUCAGUCGAAGAAUCUCGAGAUCCCGCAUUACUACCUCUACGAUCAGUGCGCGGUGGAUAACAUGCUGAGCCUGAUUAAGCAGCUCAACGCGAAAGGGAAUGGGGAGUAUAAGAUUACCGUGAACGAUUACAUCAUUAAGGCGGUGGCGCGCGCGAAUGGGUUGGUUCCCGAGGUGAAUGCCUCCUGGCAAGGGGAUGUGAUUCGUCAAUACCACACCGUGGACGUCGCCGUGGCGGUGGCGACCCCGACCGGGUUGAUCACCCCGAUUAUCUUCAACGCCCACGCCAAAGGGCUUGUGCAGAUCUCGAAGGAUAUGAAGACGCUCGCGAAAAAGGCGCGGGAGAACGCGCUGCAGCCACAUGAGUUCCAAGGGGGCACCUGCUCCGUUUCCAACCUCGGCGCGACCGGGAUUCCGGGCUUCUCCGCGAUUAUCAACCCCCCACAGGCGAUGAUCCUCGCGGUGGGCUCCGCCAAGCCGCGACCGAAGAUGGUGAAGAACGAGGAGACCGGCGCGUUUGAGAUGACGGGGGCCGUCGAGAUGGCGGUGGAUUUCACCGCCUCGUUUGAUCACCGCGUCGUGGAUGGGGCGAUCGGCGCGAAGUGGUUCCAGGGCUUCCGCGACGCGAUCGAGAACCCGCUCUCGCUCCUCCUUUAA